GAGGUUUUAAAGAAUCGACGAGCUUUUUGUAUAUUAAAUACCAGCUGUAUGAGCUAAAAUGUAACUUGCAAUUGUAUGUCAUUACAAGUUUUCCGUUUCCUUCCCGGUUUUGCGCUUCGAAUUAUUCAUUUCCAUCUAAAAAACAUUUAUUCACACCAAAAUUAUAUUUCAUCAAUUUGGUUGUGUGGUGUAACGUUUGUGAAGCCUUUAAAAGUUCGUCGAAAAUGAAGCCUACCAACUUGGCGUUCCUUGUGUUUGGUAUUACGGGGCUGCUUCUUGUUUUUAUUCUGGGAUAUUUUUCAUCGUCAGAAAAAAUAUAUUUCACUGAUGUUCAUCCACAUAUAAAGAACAGUGACACACAAACUACUUCAUUUAAUGGUGAAUCAAAUUCCAUCAAUAACAAAACUUUGGUAAUCUUGUGGUACAACCUUCCAUUUUAUUUAAAGUCUUCAGUGACAUAUUUUCAAGCGAACAAGUGUAACAAUUUUAGAUCUACCUGUAUAUUAUCAACCGUUCAUUCUGAUAUACUUAGAAGUAGUGGUGUUAUCUUCACUCAUUCAACUCUACCAAGAACUCCUCCCAUGAAGAAUACAUCUCAAGUCUGGAUUUUUAAUACUCUGGAAAACAAAGCAUUCACACAUUGGCCAAAUACCGCCUGGGACUAUAAAUUCGAAUGGACCAUGUCUUAUCGUAGAAAUGCUGACGUUUCAAGACCGUAUGGCAAAAUCAUAAGACUGGACAAAAGUAUACAUAGAAAUUACUCUGAGGUUUUUCGACAGAAGACAAAAUUCGGUGUUUGGAUGUCUGGUCACUGCCCUGCUCCAUCUCGUCGUAAAGAAUACAUCGAACAAUUAAAGAAGUACAUAGAUAUUGACACGUUUGGAUCGUGUGGAAAAAAGAAGUGCGGCGUUCGAACUCCUGCGAUGAAUGAGUGUCUGAAGAAUUUCUCCAGGGAUUAUAAGUUUUAUUUCUCCUUCGAGAAUAAUAUUUGUAGAGAUUACUCCACAGAAAAAGUAUUUAACUUAUAUCAAUACAAUUUGAGCAUCAUACCAGUUGUAAAUGGUCCACCUCAAGCAGGUGAAUAUUUACCUAAGGGAACUUUCAUAAACGCUUUAGAUUUUACGUCUCCGGAAAAAUUGGCCAAAAAACUUAAAGAAAUUGGAUCUAGUGAAAAAUUAUAUACUCAAUAUUUGAGAGAAAAAGAUAAAUAUGGUUCUUUAAAUAACUCUGAAAUAUUUCGCGAGUCAAUGUGUUCUGCUUGCAAAAAGCUAGAUCAACUAAAGGGUAAAAACAUAAUAGCAAAACCGAAAGUGAUUGACGUGUUAAAAAAUGAAUGUUAACAGUUCUAGUAAACAUUUGGAAGGAGAACUCUCACUAUCAUCAUGAACUCAUUCUAAUAGUUUCUUUAUUAUUUCUAACAUUUUAUUUAAUCGCUGAUUCCCUAAAUUUAUUAAUAAAACAAUUUGAUACUCGAAAGGACUUUAUUUGAUAUGGGCCUAAACUGGCCCCCUAAAAUGAUCAACAUCAAUUUUACUGUAAUUCUUUGUUUUCUUUGUACAGAUAUAUAUGUGAUGUUUUACAGAAUUUUUUUUACAUUUUGAUUCAACUGCCCACAAUUUAGAAAUAUGACAUCGUAAAGACAACCCAUUUCCGCCAUUUUUGCAUUUGUAGCAUAAAACAGCUUGUUUUAAAGCAGUUAUUCUUACAGAAGACAUAGAGCGCAUGUUUGAACAAACAAAAUAUUUUAAUCAGAGAUGUAUCUAGCCAAGGCUAAUAAGUGACAAAAAAAUUUCGUUGUUCAAGCAUGCGAUCUAUAUUUCCCAUUCAUAAAAAGAGAAGAAAAAUGUCAAUUUUUGACUGAUUUUGAUUGAACUAUAGAAACGUCACUUCUGAUGUCAUAUGCUGCCAGUGAGUGCAAAUAAAUCAAAUAAAUAGGUGAAAAAUAUUUUUUACAUCAACUCCUCUAAAAUAUAACUUACAUUUUAUUGUACCAGAAACACUUAAAAAAUGGCGAAUUAUGGGGCUAAAUCUUAUCAUAAGGUUUUCUUAUUAAAUCUAAGCUUGUAUGACUAAUUUUUCUUGCUAAAUGUAAAAUGUAACUUACCUUAAAAUAAAUCGUCCGACUUUUCAUCAAUAUCUGAUAAAAGUAAAUAUCGGAGAAGUAUUGCUACAGAACAAGUAGCACAGUUUGUACGAGAUAUAUAGAAAAGAGUCUUGUUCGUAAACAACUGUUCUGCUUUUUUGCUAUAGACAAUGUCAAAUAAGAGUCACUAAAAACUAAAGGUGAUAAAAAUUAACUGGGGUAAUUCUAAUCAAUGUACAGAACAUCUGCAAUACAAUUAAGUACCAGGACCAUAAAUCAAAACAUAUCAAACAUCUGCAAAACAAUGAUGUAUCAAGACCUAAAAUUAAACUAAAACAAACAUCUACUCUACAAAUAUGUACCAGGACCUUAAACAAUUCGAAAAAUAUCUAUAUACAUGAAUAUCUAUAUCAUUCAGAAGUACACUGAUCAUAGGCGUCAGAACCGCAGGGGGGGGGGGGGGG